AAUUAUCGUUUUCUAUUAUUAACGGACGGUCUUUUUUUUUUUUUUUAUAGCCGGACGCGUGUUAUGGAGGAAGGCUGCUUCUCCGGCGCGGUGCAUAUAUAAACUCAUCCGUACAGUAUGGAGACCUACUGGACGUUCACGGACUUUGUCUCGCAGGCUAAACGGCUGCUGCUUUAUUCUUCUAGCACCUAACGCAUACUCAUCGCCGCCGAGCUGUUGUGUUCGUGUCCGACAUCGAGGCCAGUUUUCGGUACGCGUCUCUUUGUGGGCCGGUGUCUUCUGUCGGAACCGGUUGCCGAGCAGCUGGUUGGUUCCGCCUGUGCCACCGUAGCGACUCAGUAACAAACAGUCCCGCGGUGCCCGAGGCUCACUCACACGUCGAGGACAUGUCUGGAACCAAGUCGUGAGCGUCGCUGUGCUUUUUAUUUAUUUAUCUUUUUCUUUCUUUUUUUAAACUUUGUCAACGGGCCGGUUCGUUGCACGUUUUUCCUACGAAGAUGAAAUCGCCUCUGGCUCCCGGCAUCCGACUUAUCACAUCGUUCUCCCGAGACAGUUGGUAUCGCACUUUCAUUCUUUUCCUCACCUUCCUCUUCUACACAGCCUACCAUCUGUCACGGAAACCCAUCAGCAUUGUUAAGAGUGAACUGCAUAGAAACUGUUCAAUAGUCAUUCGGCCUGCAGACCUUAACGUAACCAACAAUGCUACCUGGUGUGACUGGGAGCCUUUUGACCAAGACAACUACCAGACACUGUUUGGCAUCUUGGAUAAUUGUUUCCUGGUUACCUACGCCAUCGGCAUGUUUUUCAGUGGGAUAUUUGGAGAGCGCCUGCCUCUGCGGUACUACCUGAGUGUUGGGAUGCUGAUGAGCGGCUUGUUCACAUGUCUGUUUGGCCUCGGCUUCUACUGGAACAUCCACUCAUUAUGGUACUACGCCUGCAUACAGGUCAUGAACGGGCUGGUGCAGACCACCGGUUGGCCGGCGGUGGUGGCCUGUGUCGGCAACUGGUUUGGAAAGGGGAAACGUGGGUUCAUCAUGGGCGUGUGGAACUCGCACACCUCAGUGGGAAACAUCCUUGGCUCCCUCAUCGCAGGAGUCUUCGUCGAUUCCGCGUGGGGAAUGUCCUUCAUUGUCCCGGGGCUCAUCAUCGCCUCCACUGGCAUCCUGUGCUUCUUCUUCCUGGUUGAGAAACCUGAAGACGUUAACUGCACUCCUCCUCAGCACCAUAGUGAUCAAGAUAGUGGUGAAGUGGAACCUCUCCUGCAGAACUCACCGCGAAUAAGCAACGGAGCCAUAUCAAGUGAGCCUUCCAGUGAGGUGGUGGAGGAUCCCACUGAGGCCAUUAGCUUCUGUGGAGCUCUCAGUAUACCUGGAGUGAUGGAGUUCUCGCUCUGUCUGCUGUUUGCCAAACUGGUCAGCUACACUUUCCUGUACUGGCUCCCUCUCUACAUUUCAAAUGUUGCACAUUUUGAUGCAAAAGAGGCCGGAGAUAUGUCGACACUCUUUGAUGUAGGAGGAAUUGUGGGAGGCAUUAUGGCAGGGCUUGUGUCGGACUACACCGGUGGAAGAGCGACAACUUGCUGCGUGAUGUUAAUUGGUGCUGCCCCCAUGCUUUUCCUCUAUAAUUACAUUGGACAAAGGAGCCUUGGUACUACAAUUGCUAUGCUGCUGGUGUGUGGAGGCCUGGUGAACGGACCGUACGCACUCAUCACUACUGCUGUAUCUGCUGACCUGGGAACACACGAGAGUCUGAGAGGAAACUCCAGGGCCUUGUCAACAGUGACGGCAAUUAUUGACGGGACCGGUUCAGUGGGAGCUGCACUGGGUCCUCUGUUAGCAGGUCUGAUCUCUCCCACUGGCUGGAACAACGUCUUCUACAUGCUCAUCUCUGCUGACAUCCUGGCCUGUCUGUUUUUGUCCAGGCUCGUUUACAAGGAAGCUCAGGGUUGGUGCGGACGUGUUCCCCGAGUCCGAGGGUUCAAAGAAAUCUGAACUGCUCACGCAAGCAAACCAGGAACCAAACACACAAAGGAGGGAAACAAUGUUUACACUGAUCUCACUGCACAGUGGACGACCUCUCUCCGACGUGGUGGAAUGGAAACGGAGCCUCAGGUGGAAGAUUGGAGGCACUGAACAGACGAUUGAAGCCUUCAUCUUAUUGUACAACAGCAAGAAAUUUGUCUUAAUAGACACAGAGGUUUUUAUAUGACUAAUCUUCUAAUACUUAUUUGAUUGUUUUCAUAUUAUUUUAUCAUUAAAGUGUAUAUACUGUGCCUUUUCUUAA